AUUGAUAUAGUAAAAUGGGAUGUGUUUGCAGCAAGCAAUUAGGAGGAACAAGGCAUGAAGAUAUUUCCCUUCUUGCUUCUCAAACCUUUUUUAGCGAGGCUGAGGUUGAAGUUUUGCAUGAAAUGUUCAAGAAACUAACUUCGUGUCUCAGCAACGACAAUCUUUUGACAAAAGAAAAAUUUCAAUAUAUCUUGAUCAAGGAUACCAAGCGGCGCAGUCUUUCAGCAGAGCGGAUAUUCGGAUUAUUCGAUAUGAGAAACGAUGGGACUAUAGAUUUUGGAGAGUUUGUACACUCUCUCAACAUUUUUCAUCCAAACUCAUCCCACAGAGAUAAAGCCAUAUUUGCAUUUCGAUUGUACGAUACUCGUCAGACUGGAUUCAUCGAACCGGAAGAGGUGAAACAGAUGAUAAUAGACGUUCUAGAAGAAUCAGAACUUAUGCUAUCCGAGAGUAUCAUUGACUCCAUCGUGUCAAAGACAUUUGAAGAGGCGGAUUGGAAAAAAGAUGGAAAAAUAGACUUGGAAGAAUGGGAGACUUUUGUGGCCGCCUAUCCUCUGACGCUCAAGAACAUGACCAUCCCUUUCUUGAAGGACAUACCAAGGAAUUUCCCAACCUUUUUCCGGUAAAUAAGAUUUAGCGUGUUCAACGCGUUAUAAAUUCUUUAAUUAAGAAAUAUUUUAAUUCAAUAAUCACAUAGGUUAUUUAGAAGAAAAAAAAAGGAAAAAAGAAGGUUAUAUCGUAUAAACAUGUUAAACUUAAAAAAAAAAAAACAAAAAAAGGUCAUUGGUUUUUUAACCACAAAACUAAAGAUGUGAUAUGGAAAGGUAAAAUCAGAGAUCGGGUCGUGAAGACAAAAGGAGUUUUGAAAAAAAGAAAAGAAAAAGAGGGUCCCAAUAAAAAGAACAAACUUGUGGACACUCGAGGAAAAUGGGAACGCAGAGAUUUGAACAUGUCAUAAGUUGCCAAAAAGAAAGAGAAAAAAUGGACGUGACAUAACAAUUAACAAUCUAAAUUUUGAAUAAUAUUAAUUCAUCAAAUUCACGAUAACUAUAAAAGAUGGGCUUGAGAAGAACAGUUACUUUUUAAAACGAACGCUCAUUCAAAAACAUUGAAAUUGUGAAGCACAAUAUAAUAAAGUUUUAACUUAUUUUCGGAAGACUCGUAACAAAAUUAAAAUCAAAAAUAUCAUUGAAUAGGAAGAUUG